GCGGGAGUGUGCACGGACCAAUAAGCCCCGUGGGUAAUCGACGUCAUGUAGUUUGUUUCUCUUUUCCUUUUCUCUUCGGAUUUAGAGACCCUAUUGAGCGAACAGAGCUUACAGAGUUAACAUCUACCUUUACCUUGGUGUACAGCAUAAUGCCUUGGUCUUUGCCCUUCUUCCCGUAUCCGUCCGCAAAGGACGGAUAUUGGGAGCCUGUCACCUCCACCUUGAACUGGUGCGAAGAGGACUAUUAUGCUACCGAGUACGCCGCCGAGAUUGUCAACGCAUUCACAAAUUUGCUGUUCAUGUGGCUUGGAGUCCAGGGCAUACGGAGCUGCCGUCGCAAUGGACAUGACCAAAUCUUCACGGUCGCCCUCAUUGGCUACCUAGUAGUCGGAACAGGGAGCUUCCUGUUUCACUCGACCCUCAAAUGCAAGUCUCCCUAUACCCCAAACCCAACAUCUGGUUAA